CAUAACAAACAGCCGCGAGACAAACUUGAAGAAAGUUAUAAAACCAGACUUGGUGGGACAAGAACCCUCAGCUAUUAUAGCAGACCUGCAGAGUUCUGUCCAACGGGACACUCUGUGCCACAUGGAAAUACCAGAAGAUCUCAGUGUGCUGCAGUGAGAACAGGGAGAAACCUGCUGCAAAGAGGAGCAGUGUGGCCUGUGUCCUUUAUCUGCAGAAGAGUCUCAGAUGCCCCUCCUUCCACUGUAGCUCCGGCAUUUGUAGUGAUGAAGUUUGACCAAGAGGGAAAUGUGACAUCAUUUGAAAAAAAGAAGACAGAGCUUUGCCAGGAGUUAAGUCUUCAAGCCAGAGACCUACGCUUCCAACACACUACCAGCCUCACUGCUAGAAAUAACUGCAUUAUUUUACGAAUGGCGGCCUUGAAAGCCAUCUUGACCCAGGAGUCUCUUAUGGUCUUGGAUUUUCGUGGUCUUGGACUGGAGCGCUGGUUAGUUCUGGAGCUCGCCCCCCAGCUAGCGUCACAGACACACUCUCUGCCCUUCGAGUUCAGAGCACUGGAAGCCAUCCUGCAGCACAAGGUAAACACGUUGCAAGCCCGGUUGAAUGAAGUUGAACCAGUCAUAUUGGAUACGCUGGAAUCCCUCGUAGACCCUAAAAUUCUUUCUGCUGAUAGAAGUAAACUACAUGUACUUCUGCAGAAUAGCAAGAGCUUAUCAGAGUUGGAGACGGACAUAAAAAUGUUUAAGGACUCCAUGCUGAAGGUCUUGGAUGAAGAUGAGACUGUUGAAGAGUUCUGUCUCACAAAGUGGACAGACCCAAGAGUUUUUGAAGAGAGCAGUUUGGGUAUUGACCACGCUGAGGAGAUGGAGCUUUUAUUGGAGAAUUAUUAUAUGCAGGCCGAGGAACUGGGGAACAGAGCCAGAGAGCUGAAGGGUCUGAUAGACGACUCUGAGAGUGUAAUCUUUAUCAAUCUGGACAGUCGCUCACGUCGCUGUGGAGGAAUUAUGGCCCACUCGUCUUUACAACGUUACUUCAGUUCAAUGAGCCACCGGAAUGUGAUGAUGCGACUGAAUCUGCAGCUGACCAUGGGGUCCUUCUCCCUUUCCUUAUUUGGUCUAAUAGGUGUGGCAUUUGGAAUGAAUCUGACAACAGCUUUCGAAGAUGACCCCCGUGCUUUCUGGCUGGUAACAGGUUUCAUGUUCUUGGGCAGCGGGCUGAUAUGGAGGCGACUUUUAUCAUUUUUGGGACGGCAUCUAGAGACUUCAGUACCCCCACGAAUCCCUCCAGUUUGGAAGAGGAAUAUGAGACCAUCAGACAUCAAGGCUGGGGUCAGAUGAAGUUCUACCUGGCACAGAUGGUCGUCUCACAGCGCUCUUGGUCCUCUUUAACUUGAUGCAAAGACUUCUUCUACAAGAAUUUUUAUUUCUAACACACCUCAUUGUUUUACUGUCCCAUGGCCACAGCAGAGGUUGAGACUACACUCACAUCUCUGGAGACUAUAGUGCAGUGGUUCUCAAACUGUGGGGCGGGCCCCACUGGUAUGGCAUGGACAACCACGUAACACAUAUGAAGUUAUAUGAUGUGAAUAUGAUUUUUUUUUUUUUUUUUAAUCAUUAUCAUUAUUUUUAUUAUUUUAGUGAAAAAGAUUGUAGCGAAUUUUGAGGUGUGGACGAUAUCUGUCUUGCAUGAAUUUUGCUUUUGGUUUGGGGCAUGUCAGAAGAAACUCUGCUCCAGUGUGUGUGCGUCACUGUAUCCGUUCAUUUGGCUGACGGUCAUUUUUCAUUUCUUUUUAUGUUUUUGUUUUCUUUCCUUUCAGUGUCCAGUGCAGAUUAAACUUUGAGUUUUCUUAGUGUUGUAGAGCCAGGAGCAGCAGGACGAAGCCCGUCCUGUGCUUGCUAUGGGUGCAGCUGUAAAGUAAUCAGCAGGAGAGCUGCUAAUGCUCUGGUCAGGACUAGCUUCACUGCUAUUAGCAGGUUUCUUUGCACUUACGGUAAUGAGCAAAGCUUUGUUUCCGGGUCCAGUGACGUCUUCACCUGUCUGCUCUGCUGCACUCUUUGAAGCGGGAACCGCCACCCCACACCUUGAGGAAGUGGUGGGGAAAUAAUGCACACCUCCAUAUAUGUGGAUAAAAAAAAAAAAGCCAGGUCAUAUAAUAAUCAUCUCAUUGUGCAGUUGUGCUUUCUUUCAUUUCACUGGUGAAGAACAAAGAAAAAAAAACAAAACUUUAUAUCACUGUGAAAGCAGUAAACCUGUGACUCUGUCCCUCUAUACUCUGUAUGUUCUGCCUUUAUUAAACCAGAAGUACACUGUGCAGCUUUGUGGCAUGGUGUCUGUGUCAACAUGAGUGACAGGCACUUGCUCAAAAAUGUCAUUGUUUUUCUUAUAAAUGCAGAGUUUAGAGUGUGACUUUAAAGCUGUUAGCAGCUUUUACCAAAGGGAAGCUUUAUAAUUUAUAAAUUUAAUCAAGUAUUAUAAAAAAUAAUUAUAAAUUGGUUGAUGAAAAGUUUGGUAUAUCUGUAUGAUGUCAACAGAAGCCAUAGAUUACGUCUUGCAUUAGUGGUUCCCAGGCCAAAGAUCAGGAUACCCACAUAGGGUCACCAAUUAAAUCAGAUGAGUUUUCAGGUUAUUACUGAAUUGGGGAGGUUAUAAUAACAGCUUAUGAGUUCACCCAUAAGAUAAUGCUUUUAUUUAUUACAUGAUUUAUUUCUUUUUGGUUGAGUGUGUCAGCUUGACUGCUGCGUGUUUUAACUCUGUAUUUUCUGUUCUGAAAUAUAUUAUUUUUAAGGAACAUUGAA